UCCGCUCAUUGACUUGAGUUUAUUGGGUUGGUCUCCGGUAAACGCCGCGGUGUUCGGUCCUCCGAGGACAUGACGUGUUUUCGGCGCGCGCCCUGCGGAAGCUAACGCUGUGUUUGUUGCAGCGUUCUGCGGCGCUGUGACCCCGCCCUGCUGGAGCCGCCCGGAGACCCGGACCAGGCCGCGGAGAGGAUGCUGCUGUCCCUGUCGUAGAAGAACCGAGAAGAUCAGACAAGAGUUGAAUGAAAAUAAACGGGAAGACGGACGUUAAAGCUGACAGCCUCGUCUGACUUCCGGUUGUGCUCAGGACAGCCGGCGGGUCCAGAAGGUUCUGUGGCGGCAGCUGUUCGUCCUGGACUCCAUGAUGUCAUCACUGGAAAGUUUGGAAUCUGCCCAGCAACUGAUGACAGAGCCGUGCCCCCCUCAGUCAGAGGGCGGGGCCAAGGGCAGGUGGAAGGCGCUGAAGGCCGGGUGCACGUCGGCGGUGCAGGAGACCGAGGAUCUGCUGUGGUCCCUGCAGGACCGGCUUCAGCAGAUCCUCGACCGAAGAGGCGCCGUCUCCCAGCUGCUGCAGAGGCUGCACAGCCAGAAGCAGCAUCAGGACCAGCUGCAGGCAUCUCUGCUGGCGGCCCAGAAUGCUUUGCGCUCCUGUGACCAUCAUGUGACCCGGCUAAGAGCCGAGUCAGAGGUGAUACUGCGUCGGCUGCUCGACUGGGAGCAGCUGAGAGACAGACUGCAGCUGCUUGUUGCUGCAGCUCAUGAGGUCACACAGGUCAACCUGCUGUCCUUCAGCCAGUCUGAGCUGUGUGUGGAGCUCAGGCCACGCCCCCCCUCCGCGCUAUCAUCCCACGAGCUUGAGCCUGUGAGGUUAACGGUCACCUGGAGCUCUGCCGAGUGCUUCACCCUGCAGGUGGACGAGAGCCUGGCUGGCCUGGUGGGGGGCUGUGUGACGGGCAGACGGGCGGAGCUGAGCGCCGCCCUGCUGGAUGUCCUGCAGAGUUAUGUAGGGCAGGUGGAGCUUCUGUCUGAGAUCCAGAGCCUGAGGUCCAGCUUUGCCAUCGACUGGCGCCCAGCUCAGCGGCUGCUGCUCUACCUGAAGUCUGCUUCACUGGUAUGUCACCUCCAGGUGGGUGAGGGAUACCCCAGAGGGGGGCGAGCUCAGCUGCUGUCGGUGCAGCGGGAUGGGCAGCUGAUAGACGCCAGCGGCCUGAAGCCUCACAGAGAAGACCCCAGUCUGACGGAGUGGCUGGUCUUCCUCUGCAGCAGCCCCGCCCUCUGACCCCCAUCCUCCAGGACGCCCCGCCCUCCAGGACGCCACACCGUCUGACUCCCAUCCUCCAGGGCGCCACACCGUCUGACCCCCAUCCUCCAGGACGCCCCGCCCUCCAGGACGCCACACCCUCUGACUCCCAUCCUCCAGGAUGCCCCGCCCUCUGACCCCGAUCCUCCAGGACGCCCCGCCCUCCAGGACGCCACACCGUCUGACUCCCAUCAUCCAGGACGCCACCCCUCCCCAUGACCUUCUGAUUGUAAACCAGGAGUGUCAAUAAAGUUUUCUGAAAGUGUAA